AGAAAACGAUCGAUGAUGCGACUUCCACUGAAGCCGGCGUCCAUUUUAUCUUGUUGAUAGUGUUUGGUGCGUUUAAUAAUCAUUUAAGUUUUUAAUUGUCACUUGGUACUGUCAUUAAGUUCCUUUUUAGCAAGAAAAUAAACAAAUUAUUGAGCAAUGGAAAGCGGACCUCCUGCUCGUGGUGGAUUUAGAGGACGAGGUGGACCAAUGCGAGGACGUGGUGGUUUUGGAGAACGUGGACGAGGUGGCCCUCCAAGAGGUGGAAUGAUGCGCGGACGUGGUGGAGCACCUGGGCCAAUGCGAGGAGGCCCGCCGGGGAUGCGGGGUCGGGGAGGACCUCCGGGACGAGGUGGACGCGGCGGACAUUAUCCUCCAGGAGGCCCACCAGACACAAGUUUAGCAGGACCAGGUGGAGCCCCACCACCUCCCCCAGGAGUCGGUGGCCCAACACGUGGAAGUGGUCGGGGAGCACCAGGUGGAUUCCGUGGUCGAGGUCGAGGAGAUUUCGGGCGUGGAGACAGCCGGGGAGGUGGUUUCCGUGGCCGCGGUGGUGAUCGUCGAGGUCGUGGCUCGGGGAUGUUCAACCGCGACGGACCACCAAGAGGCUCAGGUCGUGGCUCCAAUGGUUCUGGUUUCGGAGACCGUGGACGUGGAAUGGACCGUGGUCGCGGUGCUCCAGUUAAGCGUGGAGGAGUUCCCGGUGCCGGUGGACCCCCAAAGCGACCAAGAUACGACGUUACAGCUGCCCAGCCUGCUAAUGGUUAUGCUUCUCAGCCACCAAGCCAAGGCUACGGACCCGGUAACGGAUACGGACAAGCAGCACCCGCUCCCGUGGGUAGCUACGGAGCUACUACUGGUACCUACGGACCACCUCAGAGCGGUUACCAACAGUCUUAUCAAGGAUAUGAGAGCUAUCCUACACCUGCAGACUACACACAAUCAGCGACAUUUUAUCAACAGGGAUAUCCAGCACAAGUACCACCAGACAACAGAUAUGGUGGUAUACCGCCAGCACCUGCAGCAAGUUUUAAUUCCAGUGAUCCAUAUGGCUAUGGAAAAGUUCCGCCUCAAGUUAAUUACCAACAGGAGGCAGUUGCUCCUGCUGUGGGUGGUGGUGGUGAUGGUGUUGGAAAUUAUCCUCCUGCUAAUCCUUACGACGACCAAUCCUGUAAUAACAGCGGCAUGACGGUCAGGGGUGAUUAUUCAACACACGAGUAUGACUAUACAAGUCAAGACGGUGGCUAUGGAAAACAAGAUUAUGGAUAAAAAAUAGUUACGGGUCAACUUACUGGAAGAAAAUGGAAUAAUGUAUAUACAAUCACAUGACUGAUUAUUGUUGAAAUUUCAAUUUCAUUGCUACUGAAGAAUUUUUACAUUCUUAAUUACAAAGUCUGUCACCACGCCGUAAAGGAAGAAUAACGCUGGUAUAACAAGAUGCUUCAGUUGCUGUAACUGCUGAUACUGUCGCGCAUUUUAUUAUUUUCCUUGUCAAUGAUGUGCCUUCAGAAGUUAGUAAUAUCCAAUAUGAAUAAUGUGAUGGCUCGCCGUAAUAAUAAAUCUAUAUUUAUGAAAAAAAAA